GAAGCAAUGAAACAAGUGGAUUAAACCUCUUUUUGAGAACUUAAAUGCAUAAAAGACAUGAAAUAAGACUAUUAUUAUAUUUUGCAACGGUUCACAUAUCUCUACACCAAUCAGGUUACAUAACAUACAUUGCCUGCUUUGCCAAUAAGUGGCAUUAGAAAUAAAUAAUGGAACGAAAAUGCGAAGAAGAAUUUGAAACUGUCGACAAGGAUAUUGAUCCUGGCCCACCGUACCUCAGUUUCCACAAUGACUGGCCUGGAUUAUUACUGUCUCGUGAGAGGGUGCGGCAACAGGCCAUGGCUCCAUGGAAACUGGAGUGCAGAAUGAAAGAAAACAAUUCAAUAACAGAUCGGAGACUUGAGUUCACUUUAAAGACUAUUAACGCAAAGUGUAAACAAGUGUCCGAGUCGUAUGGUAUCCAGAGAGAACAGUGUAAAAGAUCGCUUCGUCAAAUUAAGAAAACGACGCCAUCUUUGAAGUCCUGGACAAUAGAUGGCAGUGGGAGGACUGAGAAUUUAAAGUUAGCCGAACACAGACGCUUGGAUAAGGUGUUUAGUCAUGAUUGUAGGUGUUUUCCCAGUCAAAAACAAGACAGCUGCAGGAGGUCGAGGAACAAAUUAAAUUGAAUUAUAGGCCUAUUACUCUCUCUUGGGGGUCAUAGCUACUAA